AGUCCGAGGGCACGCUGCCUCCCCGAGGGGGUCGCGAGGGGCGAGGGCUGAGAGGAGGGUGGCUCAACGCUCUCUGCUCUCUCGCCCUGCGCUUCUGCUGCCCCCUCCGCCGCUCCUCGCCGCCCCCUGUGCCGCUCAUCUGCCCCUCUCCACCUGCCACACAGACGUUCCUCUGCCCCCCGUCCUCGCCGUGGUGCGUGUGCAGCAUGGAGCCGGAGCGUGACGUGGCCGAGCCAGAGCGGAGAGAGCGUGCCGAGCCUCUGAGUGGCGUGGAGCGCACCAUCGUUCAGGACACCUGGGCACGAGUGUACGAGAGCUGCGAGGACGUGGGCGUGGCUGUGCUCGUCAGGUUCUUCGUGAACUUCCCAUCGGCAAAGCAGUACUUCAGUCAAUUUCGAGAGAUGGACGACCCAGAGGAGAUGGAGAGGAGCUCCCAGCUGAGGAAGCAUGCGUGCCGUGUCAUGAAUGCCAUCAACACAGUGGUGGAGAACCUCCACGAUCCGGAGAAGGUCUCGUCUGUGCUGGAGGUGGUGGGGAAAGCCCAUGCUGUCAAGCACAAAGUCGAACCUAUGUACUUUAAGAUUCUAAGCGGUGUGAUCCUCGAGGUUCUCUCUGAAGACUUGGGCAACUGUUUCACAGACGAGGUGCAGAUGGCCUGGUCCAAACUGAUGGCACUGCUCUACUGGCACAUCACUGGAGCGUACCAAGAGGUGGGCUGGGUCAAACUCUCCAGCUCAGCCGUCUGAGAACCAGCCCGAAUACACACUACCAUGCAUGGUGCACUGCCCUCCUGCUGAAUAUUCUGAAAAGGAUUGACAAGUCAUUGUCAUAGAAAAAGACUGGUUUUAUCCAAACACACACUCACUACAUCAUCUUUUAUUCUGGUCCUUCUUUAUCGCACAGUGUCUUUAUUGCAGGGAUUUGGAGUAGAGAGAAUAGAAAUAAGGGAAUCUUCUGUAAACUCAUCAUCCACCCCCACCCCCCUUUAAUUUCCAUUUCUGUUUUAAUGUAAUUAGGGAAAAUUUAUAUCUAACCUACCCUUCAUUUAAACCAGCAAGCAAACAAAAAAAAGUAGCCCCUCAAAAUUUUAUUCCACAAAAGACAUUUGAAUUGAAAUAUUCUCAAUUUCAUACAAAUUGCACUCUUAGAAAAUUGGUUACAUCUAGCACCUAAAUGGUUGUUCAUUUGUCCCUCUGGUGGAACCCUUAAUGAUUAUAUGUAGAAGCCUACAAACUGCUUUAUUAUCAGAAGAGAUUCCUAGUAGAACCUUUCUGUAAGAAGUGAUCCCUUAAUUUCUAAUGAACCAUUAGAGAUCCACUAAAGAUUCCUUUUUUUAUUUCCUGAAAUGUCUUGAUUACUUAAGUCAGCCCUAACAUUUCGUUUUUCAGGAGGCUCUAAUCCAUACACUCUAUAUACGUUUUUCGAUUGUCCCUCUGGGAGAACCUUUAGAAGAUAUGUGUAGAAUCCCUCAAAAAAGUGUUUUUCUUUUAGAAAAGAAAGUUAAGAACCCUUAAUUAUUGAAAGAACCCUUAAAGAACUGUUAAAGGAACCCUUCUUCUAUUUUGUUCCUAAGAACACUAAUCUAUACAUCAUAGAUUCCUUGAUUUGUCCCUCUGGGGAACCCUUCAUAGUUUUAUGUAAAACGCUACAACAAAGUGUUUACCUGUCAGAAUGGGGUUCCAAGCAGAAACCUUUUUCUAAGCUAGGAACCCUUAUUUAUCCAAUGAACCCAUUUUUUCUAUUUGAAUGAGUGUCAUGAAUACUUCAGUACCUCCUGACCUUUCAUAUUUCACGAGGCUCUAAUCUUUACAUUCUAUAUGUUCUUUGGUUGUCCCACUGGGAAACCCCUUAGAGGAUAUACUAUAUGUAGAAUCCUGCAACAAAGUGUUUUUCUAUCAGAAAGGGUCCCAAGUAGAAACCUAUUUGGAAGGUAAGAACUUUUAAACAUCAAAUAAACCCUUAAAGAACCUUUUUUAUUAUUUAUUUUUAUUUUAACCUUUCUUGGAGUGACAAUCCCAAAUAGAACCCUAUUUAGAAACCUAGAACCAUUAAUCAUUCAAGUAAUCUGCUGGAAUUCAGUUACAAUCAUCUCGAGCUAAUUAACAUCAUUAAUUAAAGUCAUUGUUAUAGCAUUUUUAAACCCCCUUGGUAAUCUUUACCAAGGGGUACCAAUCAUUUUGGAGUUGACUGUACUUGGUGAAGUGAUAAAUUCAAAUUAUUGCUUCUUAGAUCAGUUCUAUACUCCUACCAUCCACAUUUAAUGUCCAAUCAACAUGUUCAGGAUGCAAGAACAUUCUCUGGUUUCUGGUUUUUUCAAAAUCUUAUAGAUAUGUGUACAAGAUUUUAGACACUGAAGUACAAAAAAAAGCCAAACAGGCCACGCCCACAAAAUGUAAUGCUACAUUGGUUAUUUGCUGCUUGCUGGUGUAUGUGCAGGGUAACAGUGUGUUCAUGUCAUCCUGGAAUUGCUGUAAUUACAAGAUUACCGUUUUAUAGCUGCAUAAACAAUGGAAAAAUCGAUACUCUAUGAAAGCUAGCAGUGAGCGAAAACAUAUUUUAAAAAGAAAGUAGACUUCAUUAUUGAGUAUGAGGUUACUAGAUAAUGAUAGGGACUGUUUGAUAGACACAUAUAAAUAAAUAAAUAAAUAAAUAAACCGUGUGAAAUCCUGAUGUUAAUUUCGUAACAUUGCUGCAAUUCCUUCAGCUGUGAAAUGUCCGAGCUUUCAGAAAAUUCCACCGGGUAAUUAUAGUCCUGC